AUGGCUGGCUUCAGUGACCGCACUCUCUCAAUAUUCGAUCCCCAUCACAUUGUCACCAUCGAAUAUCCUGACGUAGAACUUUGCGGAGGCUGGGACGAUGGCGAGUACGUCCUCGACAGCGACAAGCUGGCACUACCUGGCAUCGAGGAUUCGGAACAACGAUUUGAGCCCAGACCGCUGAUACAGGAUAGAGCCGUAGAAGCUCAUUCUGAACUCUCAUCUCUUGCGGAGAACCCCUUCUUCUCUACCCUGCCGGCACCGACGCUCACGAAACGGGAAGUGAUGGGACUUCUGGAGAAUGUUAAUCGGUUUGGUGACGGUGAUGGUCUGGUACGGGAUAUGGCUCUUGUGACCAAGACAUAUGGCAGAUCUACACUGUCGUGUGUAUCUUUGAGCGGAGAGCGAAGCAGUGGUCAUUCCGAAUCGAUCGAAGUGGACGAAGUUCCAAUGAUGAUCUUUCACUUGUCAGCAGUGCUCAAGCACCGAAAUCCAAGUGGCGAGAUCGAAGUUGAUAUGAAAUAUGAACAGCUGAGGUCGCUGAUGCGAGGUACGACCGACAGAGCCGUCAGGCAUAUGGAACUGCAGCUUCAAGUCGGAGGCUUGAACAAGACGACGAGUGUUUGGAAGGCUCCUCGUACUCCGGACUACGCCAGUGAGCUCCACAACAUCACGCGUCCUAUCGAUACGAGUCAAAUGCCUGCUUCGGAUAGAGACUGCAUCGUCUGCGCCGACGACCUAGCGGGUAUCGGCAUGGAGCCCUUAACCCUGCAUUGCAACGAAAAGCACAUCAUCUGCAAAUCCUGCUUGCUCAAGGUGCUGGCCUCGAAGUUCCCAGACGAUGCCACAUGCCCUUACUGCCGACAAGCGAUUUUCACGGAGCGGAAAUCUCUGGACCGGCUCAAAUUCUUUGUCAUAGACGGCGCUUUCUUGGCAGACCCUCAGUACGAUGCCUGGGAGAACUUCAUUCGUUCUUGCGCUGAUCUGGACAAAGUACUGGCGGGGCAUAACGACGAAAAGGUCCACGUGGACGAAAAGCUGAUGCUCAGGAUCUGGGAACACUUGAUCGAGGGCAUGUUGCUCGAGUCCGAAGAUUCGACGCCACUAGGUUUGCAGCCGGCAAGGAUGCCGGAAUGUGCUAUACUGCUGCAAUCGAUCGGAGCAGCACUACAUAGUCUCGAUGGAGCUAAUGUCCCGGUAAGAUCGUUGUAUCGGCUUCUCCUCGAAGACAUCGCGCGCCAUUUCGCGCGGAUCAUGCUCGGAAGCUCUGUUGUGCACACACUGUCACCGGACGACCAAGACGUGUUGAUUCAUCAGCCGCAAGAGUCUCUGGCCUUGAUCGGGUUCCGGCCGGGAUUCGUCGAGUUCUUCGAGCGGAUGGUGUCGCGGAUGUUGCAGUUCGUGCAGCUGAGGGUUUGCAAUGGUUGCUGCUGGGGCGGAUUUAAUGCUGAGCGCGGGUGGCAUGGACACGGGCUUAGGAUGCAUUAUCGGCCACGAAGUGCUGGGGAGGAGGAGAAAGAGCAGAAGAAGUCAGCAUUGCAGAAGAGGAAACCGAGAAGUCGGAAGGCUUGA